UCGAAAAACCAAUUUCUCAGAUGUGCUCCUUGGGGCUGGUGUGACAGUGCGACACUGUAAGACCAAACCUGAGAAAACCUCUCUUUUGGUCCCAGCCCUGGGCAGGCCAGGACUUCAUGCUGCUGUGGGUGUCACUGCUGGUCCUGGCUCCUGUCAGUGGACAAUUUGCAACUGCACCCAAAUCCGUGGUUUCCCUCCAUGCUCCAUGGACCGUUGCCUUCCAAGGAGAGACGGUGAAACUGAUUUGCAAUGGUCUUCACUUCAACCCAGCACGGAAAGCAACAUGGUACUAUUGGUACCAUGAGGGAAAAAUGUCAAGCAAAACCCUAAGUAACACCCAUGUGGUUCAUGAUUCUGGGGAGUAUAGAUGUCAGGCCUCUGACUCACUCCCGAGUAACUCUGUGAGGUUACUCUUUUCUACAGCUAACCUGAUCCUGCAGGCUCCACUUCCCGUGUUUGAAGCCGACUCUGUGGUUCUGAGAUGCCGAGCAAAGGCGGGAGUAGCAGUGAAUAAUAUGACACUAUACAAGAAUGAUAGAUUCCUGGCAUCCCUUCAUAAAACUUCUGACUUUCACAUUCAUCAAGCAGAUCUGAAGGACAGUGGUGAAUAUCGCUGUAGUGGAGUUAAGGAAAAGUGUUGCUCUGUUACUUCAAACACAGUCAACAUCCAAGUCCAAGAGCUGUUUCCACCUCCCGUGCUGAAAGCCAGAUCCUCUUGGCCCACCAAGGGGAAACUAGUGACCCUGACUUGUGAGACCCAGCUCCCUCCACAGAGGUCAGAUGUCCAGCUCCAGUUCCACUUCUUCAAAGGUGGACAGACCCUGGGGUCAGGGUGGAGCAGCUCCCCAGAAUUCCAGAUCACUGCCAUAAGGAGAGAAGACUCAGGGUCUUACUCGUGCGAGGCACAGACAGUGACUUCCCGUGUCUGGAAACAGAGCCAGACGUCCCAGAUAUAUGUGCAGAGAGUUGUUGCCAAUGUUCAAAUACAUACCCGCCCAGCCCUAGAGUUGGUGUUUGAAGGGCAGGAACUGGUCCUCACCUGCUCAGUAGUUGGGGUCCCAGGGGCCGUCAGAAUCUCCUGGUACAAAGGAUCAAAUAAGCAGCGUAUGAAAACAAAGAUUCAGAAUUCCCUGAACGCAGAAUUCAAGAUCUCGAUGGUGAAAAACAGUGAUGCUGGAGAGUAUAACUGUGAAGCCAGCAACGGUCACCUCAUCCUUCAAAGCAAGCCAGUGACCAUCAAUGUGAAAGUUCCCGUGUCUCAUCCUGUCCUCACCCUCAGCCCUCCUAGGGACCGAGCUUUUGAAGGAGAUGUGGUGAGACUUCAGUGUGAAGCCCAGAGAGGUUCUUUUCCCAUCCAGUAUGAGUUUUUUCAUGAAGGUGUAAUUAUCAAGAAGAUAGAAACCACUUCAUGGAGAACAAGUUUCUUCAGGUUCACUCUGACUGCAGAGCAUUCUGGGAACUACUACUGUACUGCUGACAAUGGUCGGGGGACCAAGCAGAGCAGGGCAGUGCACCUCUCCAUCACCAUCCCCGUGUCUCAUCCUGUCCUCACCCUUAGCCCUCCUGGGGACCGGGUUCCUGAAGGAGAAGUGAUGACACUGAAUUGUGAAUCCCAGAGAGGUUCUCUUCCCAUCCAGUACCAGUUUUUUCAUGAAGGUGUAAUUCUUAAGAAGAUAGAAGCCACUUCACGGAAAACAAGUUCCUUCAGCUUCUCUCUGACCACGGAGCAUUCUGGGAACUACUACUGCACCGCUGACAAUGGCCAGGGGGCCCAGCGCAGCACCUCAGUGCACCUCUCCAUUGCCAUUCCAGUGUCUCAUCCCGUCCUUACCCUCAGCCCUCCUGGGCCCCGGGAUCUUGAGGGAGAUGUGAUAACACUUCAUUGUAGAGCCCAGAAAGGCUCUCCUCCCAUCCACUACCAGUUUUAUCACGAGAAUGUCACCCUAGGGAGCAGUUCAAUCCCGUCUGGAUGAGGAGCAUCCUUCAGGUUCUCUCUGACCGCAGAGCAUUCUGGGAACUACCAUUGUACAGCUGACAAUGGCUUUGGUUCCCAUUGCAGUGAGUCCAUGAGUCUCUCUGCCACAGUUCCAGUGUCUCGCCCUGUCCUCACCCUCAGGGCUCCCAGGGCCCAGACUGUGGUGGGGGACAUUGUAGAGCUUCACUGUGAGGCCCAGAGAGGCUCACCCCCGAUCCUGUACCAGUUUUAUCAUGAGGAUGUCACCGUGGGGAAUAGCUCGGCCCCCUCUGGAGGAGGAUCUUCCUUCAAACUCUCUCUGACUGAAGAACAUUCUGGAAAUUAUGCCUGUGAGGCCAACAAUGGCCUGGGGGCCCAGCGCAGUGACACAGUGUCACUCAGUGUCACAGUUCCAGUGUCUCGCCCCGUCCUCACCUUCAGGGCUCCCAGGGCCCAGGCUGUGGUGGGGGAUGUGGUGGAACUUCAUUGUGAGACCCAGAGAGGCUCUCCCCCAAUCCUGUACCGGUUUUAUCAUGAGGAUGUCAUCCUGUGGAUAAGCUCGGCCCACUCUGUAGGAGGAGCAUCUUUCAACCUUUCUCUGACCAGAGAACAUUCUGGAAACUACUCUUGUGAGGCCAUCAAUGACCUGGAGGCCCAAAAGAGUAAGAUGGUGACACUCAAUGUCUUAGUUCCAGUGUCUCGCCCUCUCCUCACCCUCAGGGCUCCCGGGGCCCCAGCUGUGGUGGGGGACGUGGUGGAGCUUCAUUGUGAGGCCCAGAGAGGCUCUCCCCCGAUCCUGUACCAGUUUUAUCAUGAGAAUGUCACCGUGGGGAGCAGCUCGGCCCCCUCUGGAGGAGGAGCUUCCUUCAACCUCUCACUGACUGCAGAACAUUCUGGGAACUACUCCUGUGAGGCCAACAAUGGCCUGGGGGCCCAGCGCAGUGAGGUAGUGACACUUUCAAUCACAGGGGCGACAGGGAGCAGAAGUGGCCCUGUUGCCACAGGCGUCACUGGGGGCCUGCUCAGCGUCAUGGGCCUUGCUGCUGUGGCACUGCUGUUCUAUUACCGACUCCUGAGAAAACCAGGAGGAAGGCUUACCUCUGACGGUUCCAGGAACCCUUCAAACUCAGACCCCCAAGAGCCCACCUACCACAACGUACCAGCUUGGAUAGAACUGCAACCAGUGUACAGCAAUGUAAACCCUGAAGGAGGAGACGUGGUAUACUCGGAAGUCCGGAGUAUUCAGGAGGGAAAGAAACAUGCAGUGGCCUCCACACCAGGGCUUCUCAAGAACUCGGAUUCCUCUGUCAUCUACUCCCAGGUGAAGGUGGCUGCAACGCCAGCCUCUCGGCCCCAGCUCUCGGCUUCCUCAGCUCCUCAUAGAUGAGUUUGCAGAGCUCCCUGACUGCUGUCUCAGCCUCUGCACCCCAAAGCCAUCCUUGGGAGAGAGGGGACGUCGAAGUAGGAAGAUUUAAACUGCCCCAUGCUGCAUCCAGUGGCCUCUGCAUCAAGUGCCCGCACCUCAGUCUGACAGGGCCCUGCAGGACUCCCGCCUGUUUCCCAAGUUACAGCCCUCCCCUCGUGGUCUUUUUGUCUGAUGACGUGUUGCUCCAACCCAGGGCCCAUCAUGUCCCCUGGCUUCCUUAGUGGGCUUCAGCUUUGGUCACUAUUCUGAGUCCUACUCCCAUACACACCCCCACCAUUCCUCUAUGAGGACUGCUCCUGAACUCCGCCAUGGACAUCCUCUCUCAGUGGGUCCAUUUCUCAAUCUCUGUCAGCCUGGUGGGGCUACUGUGGUGCUCUGCCAAACAGGACAGCACCGCCCCUGGAGGCACAUACACUGGGCUUGUUAUGGACCUCUCCAUAAUGGGACUGCAUCUCACACUCCCCCAUCUAUCUGAAACUCUAAGGUCAGCCCCUGACACCAGGAUAACUUCUCUCCUGCCCAUGUGCCAAUGUCUGCCUGCCCAACUAAGUGGAUUGCACACCCCUGGCUUCCCAUCCUGUCAGAAGUAACCCAGCACAUUCAUGGCCGGGAGGACCAGGAAUGCAGAGAGAGUGCAUAAUGGAAUAUAGGUGGUGCUCUAUUACUAUUUAAUUGAAUGAAUGAAUGAAUGAAUGAGGAAGAUACAAGGGAUAAUUGUGAAGCAUUCCUACCCUCCAACUGGCAUUUGAUCCAGUGUGCUCCCUAGGAAAUCCAGGAAGUACUCUUCUGUCUUCCCUGAGUAAGAAAUAAACUAAGAGAAGGAGUUUGAGUGAGGAAAGCUCUGUUCAGCAAGCGGGAAGGCUUCUCAAACUUUAAUGUGCUUACAGGUCACCAUGGGGAUCUUGUU